AUGACGAUCAGUGAAGAAGACCGUCGCCGCAUGGGCACAGUUAGCCCAGUCUUGGCUGCAGAAGUCAAGAAAUAUCCCCCCUUCAAGCACGAGAAGGACGUUUUGGAUGAGCGUAGAGUUCGUGCAGAACAUCUGGCCAAGCUGCGUCAUCUCUACCCGAUACCAGGACCGAUUCCAGAGCAUGUUAGUGAGAGCAUGCACCAUGUGGAGGCUCGUGAUGGCUACCAAAUACCUGUCAAGAUCUAUAAGCCCGCCAAGCCUCCACAGGAUGGUGCUUCGCCGCUGGUCGUUAUGUUGCAUGAGGGCGGUUGGGCGAUGGGCGAUUUGACCGAUGAAGAUCUGAAUUGCCGCAUGUUCUCCAGAGACUUGGGUGCCGUAUGCGUGAACGUCGAUUACCGCCUAGGUCCUGAGUAUCCAUGGCCAUGCUGUGUGUGGGACUGCUACGACGUGAUUCAAUGGGCCGCAAAGACAGCAUCCCCUGGAAGAUCUGAACUACCAGCAGACCUAAAGAAGGGCUUCAUCGUUGGAGGAGCUUCAGCUGGUGGUAAUCUGUCCGCUGUGAUGUGCCAGGUGGGUCGUGAUAAAGGACUGAGUCCGCCUUUGACUGGGCAAUACCUAUGCGUGCCCUCGCUGCUGUGGCAGGACGUGGUGCCGAAGGAGUACAAGGAAGACUUCCAAAGCAGAUACGACUCCGGCCUCAACGACCCAAUUCUUGGAGAUCUCCUCAGGGUCACCAUGCCUCCCAAUAUUGCCGGAGAAGGCAAUCCGGAUCCAUUGUUCAGCCCGUUAAUACAUCCCAACAUGAAGAAUCUACCACCCUGCUAUCUGCAAGUCGGUGGAUUGGAUCCGCUAAGGGAUGAGGCCAUCAUUUGGGAUCGAGUGUUCAAGGAGAACGGAGGCAAGAGCCGGCUACAGGUGUAUGAUGGAUAUGGCCACAUGUUCUGGACGAAUUGGCCUUUGAUGGAACAGAGCAAGCAGUUCGUCCGAGAUACUUUGGAGGGAUUCAAGUGGCUGUUACAAGAGGGAAGUUCAAGCUGA